AUGCCAGAAUUCGCUCCAUUGAAGAAUGACUUAAUACUAAGAGCAGCAAAAGGUGAAAAAGUUGAAAGACCACCAAUUUGGAUUAUGCGUCAAGCAGGUCGUUAUUUACCAGAAUAUCAUGAAGUGAAAGGAAGUAAGAAUUUUUUUGAAGCAUGUCAAGAUGCAGAAACAGCCUCAGCUAUUACUAUACAACCAAUAGAUCAUUUUGAUGGACUAAUUGAUGCAGCGAUUAUAUUUAGUGAUAUUUUGGUUAUACCUCAAGCUAUGGGAUUUGAAAUUAAUAUGGUUGAUGGAAAAGGUCCUGUAUUUGAAUCACCAUUAAGACAUCCAGAUGAUUUAUCAAGGAUUGAUCUUAAUCCUGAUGUUAAAACUAAAUUAGCAUGGGCAUAUAAAUCAAUUACUUUAACAAGAACUAAAUUAAAUGGUAGAGUUCCAUUAUUAGGAUUUGUUGGAGCUCCUUGGACUUUAUUAGUUUAUAUGACGGAAGGUCAAGGUUCAAAAAUGUUUAGAUUCGCAAAACAAUGGAUUUUUGAAUAUCCAGAAGCUUCUCAUAAAUUAUUAAAAGCUACUUGUAACGCUUGUAUAGAGUUUUUAGCUCAACAAGUUGUUGCAGGUGCUCAAAUGUUACAAAUUUUUGAAUCAUGGGCUGGUGAAUUAGGUCCAGAUGAUUUUAAUACAUUUUCAUUACCAUAUUUAAAAGAAAUUGCAUCAAAAUUACCAAAAAGGUUACAAGAAUUAGGAAUAACUGAAAACAUACCAUUAACUGUUUUUGCAAAGGGUGCUUGGUAUGCCUUAGAUGAUUUAUGUGAAGCAGGUUAUGAUUGUGUUUCUCUUGAUUGGACUUUCGACCCUAAAAAGGCACGUGAAGUUGUUGGUGAUAGAAGAAUUACAUUACAAGGUAAUUUAGAUCCUGGUGUUAUGUAUGGAAGUGAUGAAAUAAUAGAGAAAAAAGUUGAUAAAAUGAUUAAAAACUUUGGAACUCAAAAUUAUAUCAUAAAUUUUGGACAUGGUACUCACCCAUUUAUGAAACCUGAAAAAAUUGAAUAUUUUUUAAAACAAUGUCAUAAAUAUGGAAAAGAAUAUUGA